AUGAAGAAUAUUAUCAAUGAUAAAGGAAAAAGAAUUACUAUCAAAGGAAGUAUAAAAGUUGACAACAAUGAUAUUCCUAUUGUAAUCAAACAAUACAAACAAAGUGAAUAUUUUUAUAAUGAAAGUUAUUUGGAUUAUCUUGAUUCCAUUGGACUAUUAGUCAAAGCAUCAGAACAAUACAAUAAAUAUGUUGAUAUGUAUAAUAGUCGACUUAAAGAUGAGAAAGUACAUCGAAUGAAACGAGUAAAUUGUGAAGGAAGUCAGAUGUUUGUUGUAACAAAUCAAAUGAAUCAAGGAGGAACAUUACGACUUAAAGAAGUGAAGGAUUUGAUUGAUAAAAAGGAAAAAAUGAUAAUUGAAAUGUAUCAUGAAGAAGCAGAAACACAAAUAAUUCAAGCAAUCAACGAAGAAGGAAGUGGAAUUAGAGAUAAAUUAGGAAUAAAAAGUAUGGAAGUUUAUGGAGGUGUUUUAAGCGUAGAAGCAUUCAACCAUUUUCUGUGGUGUCAAAGCAGUGAAAGUGUUAGUGAUUUGGUGAUAAUGAAAAAUGUAUUUGUUAUACUAACAAACAAUGAAUACACUAUAAUUAAAGCAGAAGUUAUUCAUAGCAAACCAAGUAAAUAUUAUUUCAUUCAAUAUUCUGAUGAAUUUGAUACUGUAAAGAAUAUUUUUAUCACAAACCAUCAUUGUCAAACAAUAUGUACUAUGUUUAAAAAGUCUGAAGAUGAAAAUAGAGAUAUUGAUUAUGAAACUAAUGACAAAUACACUACUCAAUUUAUUCAUUGA